GUUCGCGUUCGCGUUCGCGAGAUUAUCGCGCGAAUCACCAGUUACGUGUACCUACAACUCGUACGUAAUACUCGUAUAUCGGUACAUGUAUGUAUAUUUUGUAUUUUUUUCCACGACCUUGACUCGGUAAAAAAAAAAUUGCUGCUUAGUGUUCUCAGUCAGUUCGGUAGUUGAAAUUGCACAAAAAGACAACACUGGUGAAUUAAUACCCGAUAGGUGGAAUAUUUACGAGUUUAUCUCUCCUCAUUGCUGGCCGAUAUAAAUGCUAAUAAUGUGAUAUAAAUAAAUAAACGCGAAGUCAGUUCACCGCGAACAGAUAACCAGUCAUUACGUAUCCGUUCGUUCGCGCUGCUCAAUGCUUCGCUUUCAAAGCUUUUGUUUUCACGUUUGAAAAAAAAAACUCCGAACAUCGCAUAAAUAUGUAAACUCUGCAGCAGCGCGUUCAAACUUUCGCUUUCUUUUUUCUUUUUUUUUUCUUUUUUUUCCGGUUGCAAUUUUCGCUUUUUAUUUAUCGACGCGAUCGCGGUUACUUUCUACGUAUACGUACUUCCUUCGAACGAUUUUUUUUCUUUGUUCGAGUUUUUUCCCCCCCGUUUUCGACUCUCGCGUGUUCGCAAUUUUUUUCCUAGUUGGAGUAAAAUGACGAAGACAAACGAUGCCGACACGAAAAACAAAAAUUUGCAACUUACAACCUGUAACAAUGACAAAUGCACCCACGAUAACUUUCACGACAACGCGCAACAAUCUUUGCUCUCAAAAUCAGAUAAAAUCGAAUAUGAAUUACAAAAGGUCGCUAACAACGGAAUACCAUCAAAAGCUGCACCCAACAGCAAAAGUCCACCUGAUUUGGAUCCAGAAAAAAGCCAAACCCCGAAUAAGAAAUUGGAGAGGUUCGCGAAUCCGUGCGGUCCGAAAAACAACUACAUUUUACGAAUGAUAUCAUUUUACAUAUGCGUCGCAAUCAUAUGGGGCAUAUUAUUCGCAUUUCUCAAGCACGAAGUACUGCCCGGAGGCAAACUGUUACUUUUGAUAUUGUUGAUGGCAGGCGCUUACACCCUCGGAGACGUAUUCAAACACGUCGGUUUACCCAAAAUACUCGGAAUGCUGGUGUGCGGUAUUCUGUUCCGAAACAGCGGCCUGUUUUUCGAUUCCAAAGAAGCAGGCGUAUACGCCGACGUCAUAUCCACUGCCAGGCAAAUAUCAUUGACUUGUAUUUUGAUAGCUGCAGGCUUAGGACUGGAUGCGAAAUCGCUGAAAAGAUUGAGCGUUGUCGUAUUGGAACUAUCGUUCAUACCUUGCAUUUUUGAAGCCGUCGGCGUAGCCAUAUUCUGUAAGCUGUUACUAGACUUACAUUGGUUUUGGGGCAUGAUGAUCGGAUUCACAAUGGGUGCCGUAAGUCCGGCCAUCGUAGUACCAGGUUUAAUGAAGCUACAAAAAAAAGGAUACGAUUCGGAUAAUACGAUAUCGACGAUUGUAAUAGCAGCGGCUAGUUUCGACGAUAUAGUCGCCAUUUCCGGCUAUGGAAUAUUUUUUGGCUUAAUUUUCAACCAAGGCGACAUAUUCGAAAAAGUUAUCCACGGACCGAUCGAGUUCGCAGGAGGACUGCUCAUCGGCGUAUUAUGGGGAUUAUUCUCAGCUUGGAUACCGCAUAAAGACGAUAAACAUUUGGUGGCAAAACGCGUCUUCAUGAUCGGAGGUGGCUGUUUAUUUUUAGUGCUCGGCAGUCAAAUGGUCGGCUACGAUGGCGCUGGACCUUUUGCUUGCAUCGUUUCAGCGUUUGUUGCUUGCAUGUGCUGGAAAUGGCAAGGCUGGUCAGCUUCUUAUAAUCCAGUAGCUGACGUAUUCAAUUCCAUGUGGAUCAUCAUGGAACCAGCAUUAUUCGCUCUGAUCGGAGCCGAAAUAGAUUUAUCAAUUCUUCGUAUUGAUCAAGUAUUAAAUGGCAGCGCGGUUAUUCUAGGAGGACUCGUAUUUCGAACGGUUGCCUGUUCCGCAGUUCUGCUAACGUCUACCGUGAAUUUCAAAGAACUCGUUUUCAUAAACGUAGCAUGGUUACCAAAAGCUACAGUACAGGCGGCAUUAGGAUCGUUGGCAUUGGACAGAGCAAAGACCAUGGAGCCUCGAUCGGAAGAACAUUUGAAAAAUGGAGAAUGGACGUUGAUGAUAGCCGUACUUUCGAUACUUUUGACAGCUCCGAUCGGCGCAGUCGGUAUUUCCGUUCUCGGUAAAGUUUUACUAAAAAAAGACAAAACUCCCGUCAAUAGUGCGGAUAGCAAUCGUGCUCGUAUCAAUAAUCACGUUUAGUGAAUUCAGACGUGAAUGAUUCCUUCCAGUGUACCUGUCUCAUUUUUAUAAUAAUAAUAUCUAAUAUUGUGUAUAUUUGCUCUUCUCUUCUCUUCUCUUCCUUUCACACGCGCUAACAAUAUUAUUCAUCGUCUUCGUCGUGAUUUGUCAAUACCAUCGUCAUUAUUCAUGUAUUAAUGCUCUUACAAAUUUUUUUGUUGUUCAUUCCUUCUUGCGUUCUCGGCAGCAUGAAACUGCGAACGCGUCGGUUCAGCAAUCUUAAUAAUAUACUUAUAUUUUAUUUAUUUCACCAUUUCAAGCUUCUAAAAGCUACGUAUUCUAUUUUCACUUUUAUUUUUUUCUUUCAUUUUUCCAAUAGUUAGGUACCUACCUAUUACCUACUAUAGCGAGAGCGACAUUAGUAUAAAAAUAAUAUUAAUGUACCUAGUUUUUGUAGUAGUCUUUAGAAUGUGUAUUACCAAAGCAUCUUUCGAGAAUAAUCGUAUUUAUGCAUUCACUACACGUAGGUAUUAUUUAGGUAUACGAUUCAAUUUACGUAUACUACGUACUCGUACUGGCACUAUUUAAUUACAUAUAUGAAUCGCGUCAAUAUAUUUCAUUCAUUUACAUAUUUAUUUAUGUAUCAUUUUUUUUUGUACUUUAAUUACCAAGCUGCUUCUUGUAUUAUAGGUGUAAUACAUUGUACAUUAUGUUUUUGUUUGUAAUAUUACGAUUAUAUAAUUAUGUCAACUGUUUUACUUGUAGGUAAGUACUUGUUGUUGUUUUCUUGUUAUUAUUUUCUUGUUGAUUUUUUAUUUUUGUUGUUGCUUUUUUUCCUCGUCAAUAAAGUCACCAAUGAAUGUUCAA